ACCACAUUCUCACUUUCUACAUUUGUAUAUAUAAACACGCAACCGCCUUCAUCAAACAAAUAUCAACUCAUCUUCUCCAACAACAAUCAUCAAACACACACAAAGAAAAGACACACACAGAGAAUCAAGAAGAAAAAUGACAAAAGUUCACCCAAAGUUCCCAAACACUUACGAGGAAAGCUUGUGUGAUAGUAAAGCAGCCGUGGUUUUAACGGUGUGGAGGAAGUCUCUUCUCUUCAACUGCGAUGGAUUCACAGUUUACAACUCUAAUGGAAACCUUGUCUUUAGGGUUGACAACUACAUGAACUCUACUAGAGACAACAUCGUCCUUAUGGACGCUUCCGGCUUACCUCUCCUCUCCAUCCGCCGAAAGUUGAGCAUGGGAGAUUGCUGGGCGGUAUACGAUGGAGAAACACAAAGAGACCCAAUAUUUACAGCAAAGAAAAACGUUAGCAUACUAACAAACAAGAGGAGCUUGGCGUGGGUUAGUGCGAAGAAGACAAUACUAUAUGAGGUUGAAGGAUCGUACGGGCAGAGAAGCUGCAAAAUAGUAGACGUGAGGAGGAACAAGAGGAAAACGGCAGAGAUCAAGAGGAAAGAUGCAAUGGUUGGAGGAGGUUCCUUUGGCAAAGAUGUGUUCAAACUUAUAGUUGAACCGGAGAUGGAGCCUCGUGUGGCCAUGGCAUUGACCAUCAUUCUCGACAAGAUGUUUAGAUCUUAUUGAAUUUUUUCCAAGCUUUUUAAGUAUAUAGUAGUUCCCUUUUUGUUUUGUCUCAACAUCAACUAUUUCAUUCACAGAUAAAUUGGUACAAAGUUUUUGACUACACAAGUUCGACCACACAUACAACAACGCAUCUUAGCAACAGCCUGGAACACUCACUAGGUGAUCUCUCACUUGGAUCCAGCACAACCUAGAAUACAUUGUUGCAUUUUUCACCACUGCGAGAACGAGUUCAUCCCAAGACCCGAGAUGAACCAUCUCUUAAACCACCUAAUUCUACCACUAAAAAACGGUUAAACCAAAACAUGACCACGACCUACGAGACUCCUAUAGAGAGAUUCCAUUAAAGCACUUAGCAUACUGGUACUAAAGAUGAAACUGUUGAACCACGGCCAGUUGCUACAUCGCCCAUUGGACGCAUAAUCUCUCACCAAGGAGGACCAGAAGUUAUUAUCAGUGGUUUUGGAACUGUGAAAGUCGGGUUGAGGCUGUGGCUCCAUCCGCGUCAAGCAGGACCUGUAACUGAAGAAGGAGCACAGCUACCGGAUCUUCAAUGCGAAUACCGUACUCCUAAAAGUGUUUCACCGAGCCUCCGGCCACUCGGAAGAGCAAAAGGUCCGACACAUUCUGCCUCCGAGAACCGGAGUAGCAGCUUCCUCUACAGUGAACAAUCACGCCAAUGUCGAGAUUUCUCUUAUGCAAAAUGAAGCGUCUCCCUCCCUUCUGCCGACCGAAUCAUAGACGGUUCUUUCCGACAUCUGAGAGGUCAACAAACACGUAACACAAGAGUUUAUUCGAUGACCACACGGCCACCUUAUCCACUCCGGUACGCCUCCGAAGGGUCACCUCCAGAGUUCACUUGGGUGAGAAUAGACUACGAGCCACCCACGCACCGAGUAAGCUUCGCACGCUACCACAUGCACCCCUCUCUGUACAAAUCUGAGAAUCAGGCCGUCACUGUGGCUCAGCCUUCAGAUCUGUAAACAGAGUGACAAAAUCAACCACGCUCCACUGCCUCAAAGCUGGAAGUCGAAGAACCCGAGGGGAAAAUGGAUCUCCAGACUCCGAUAGCUAGACCCUAAAAUCCGACCCGUAUCAGGACCUCCUUUUCACGCAGCUCGCCGCCGCUCCAGAAACCACCUUCAGUCUUCUUAGCUCUUACUCCGCCCCGGUCAAAGCAAGCACCAGAGACCUUUGAUGAACUCCACAACCACGAG